AUGAUCUGUGAUAACCCUGUGCCUGCAUCGACAGCGUCUCCAAAAAUAAGUCUACCGAACUUCAUCAGCCCUCUGGCCGCCGACCUCAGCUUUGAAGAUACGGCUUAUUUGCACCAUAAAGGAGUCUUCGACGUACCAAAUGUCAACUGUAGGAAUGAACUGUUGCGCAGUUAUUUUCUGUUCAGCUACCCCCUGUUACCUCUACUUGAUGUGGAAACCUUCUUGGCUCCAAUGCUCGAAGGUGACUCGGAGGCCAAGAUCAGUUUAUUACUCUUCUAUGCUGUCAUGUGCUCUGGGGCUGCACAUGUUGACAUGCGGGUCUUGAGAGAUCUGGGGUUUAAGACAAGAAAGCUCGCUAGACGCGCAUUCUUCGAAAGAACACGGUUGCUCUAUGACUUGGACUGUGAAAUGGAUCGAGUUUCGCUUGUACAAGCCUUCCUAUUGUUGACAUACUGGUACGAUGCCCGCGAAACACACAAAGAGCGAAAGUUUUGGAUUCGAGCCGCUGUUACCCUUGCCCAGGAUCUAGGUUUGGAUCUCCAUCUCGAAACUUGUGGCACCAAGCAACAUCGAAUGCUCAAGAGACUAUGGUGGUGUUGUUUCAUGCGCGACCAGUUUGUUGCGCUCAUGACAUGGACUCCACCACAACUUGGGGCGCGGCAUCGACAUCUACCUAUGCUUGAAUUGGAUGAUUUCGAGACACAGGACUUCUCUCCUGGGGUGUCCCAUUUGCUCAAAGAGUGGAAUUUCGUUGAUGGUCAGAGGAGUAAGAUUCGUCUAGCAACUCUCUGCAUCGAAAAAGCAAAACUUUGUGUCUGCAUAAACGAGAUCCUGCAAGCGCGAUAUUCGAGUCUUCGCUACGAAUCAGACCGCCGAAUGAUGACGAUACUUGUCCCAAGGCAUUCGACCGCCAACGCUUUUGAGAUCCUGGAGCUCGACCGUCAACUACAACAAUGGUAUCGUGGUCUCUCUAACGCCGGCAAAUUCGACCUCCGCGACCCUACGGAUUGUGCAUUCAUGAAGACGUCCAAUAUCAUUGCCAUGCACCGAGCACAUCUGAAACUUCUCUUCCUGUCGGCAAUGAUCGCGCUCCACAGGCCCCAGGUCUCUGAAACGGCUGGAACGCUACCAGCAUCAUACCAUCAGCUAUCGCAGACUAAGCUACGUGACGCUGCAGAUGAAGUUGCGCAUGUCGCUAUAUCCAUCAAGAACCUCGAAAUGGGCACACAUAUGGCACCUAGGGGAGUCACUCUAUUGCUCCCAAUUAUGCUGGUGCAUCUUCAAGACGUCAUGCCGCAGAUGCAGAUAUCACAGAGAAGCAGACUGGAAAAAUAUUACGACUGUAUGCACAUUUUGGACUCAAUUGGAGCUGACGGAGCGUCUGAGGCUUUCCUGCCUUCGAAACUCGAGGCUGCAUUUCUGAAACUCAACAUUCUGCCCUCGACCGAGAACUCAAUUCCCCCUUCUAUCAGUAUCAGACCGAGCUUUGACAAUUUGAUGUUUUCACAAACGCGGCUCUUUCCAUGCCUAUCACAACUCGGUGCAGUGACUCCAGCUGAGAUCGAGCUACUGUCUGAUAUGAGCCUUGCUCAUAUGCGCAUGGCAGGCGCAACACAACCUGAUGACUUCCACCAUGAGGACCCUACUAGCUAUAGUUCACCGCCCAGCCAGGUGACCAUUGGCCAACUGCAAAAUGAGCUUCACUUGCAGCCAGUCGCACCUUGCAGAAGGCCAGUGAAAGGCCUAGCUUUGCAGGAAACGGUGGAUCCUAGACAAGUCUAUCCGACCUCAACUCCAGCAGUCCAUCACACAUCAUCGCACCCGGUCAGACCACCUGGCUUGCUUGGUGAGCCGGGAGAGGAAGACACUAUCAUGGAGCACUUCUUCGAAUGGAAGAUUGGGAGGACAAAGAUUCCCAUGCAGAGACAGCUCGUUGAAAGAGCGUACGAAACCGUUUUGGCUCAGAUGUGGACUCUCGAGGAUUUGAGGGCCAUGGAGAACAUCAGGUCUGACCUUUACAUCCUAGCGACACAGCAAGGCAUCCCAGACGGUCUAGCCCGCAACUUCCGCAGGGAGCUUGAGAUGUUUCUGUCUCAGCAACACUUUCCUGGAGAUGAAAUAUCCGGUCCUAGGAGAGUGUGA